CCGAGUUGUUCAUGACGUGUUCUCAUACCCGCCAUAUUUUUUCUUCUUCUUUCUUUUGCCUCAUGCUUAAGUGCUUCUCACCAAAAAUUUGAAAAAAAAAAAAAAACUCAUUAUUCUACAAUUUGAUGAAAAAGCAAAUGGCAAUGGCGGGUUCUCUGUUAGUGAAUGGCUUAAGAGCUCUCUUCUUAGUGUUAUGCUGUUUGAUGGUAGCUACUCUCAUUUACACCAUCUCCAUUAACGGCCUCCCUUUCCGCAUGGAACUUCUUACUCCGUGGAUGGUUGCAACUUUGGUCGAUUUCUACAUCAAUAUUGUGCCUUUUGCGGUUUGGAUUUCCUACAAAGAAUCAAGUUGGAUUAGUGCAACACUUUGGGUAAUUCUGCUUAUAUGUUUUGGCAGUAUUAUAACAUCUGGCUACCUUGUUAUACAAUUUCUCAAGUUGUCUCCUCAAGAAUCUUUGCAAGAUCCUAUUUAUCAUGUUCUGUUGCAUGAUACAAACAAGGAUGAUACCCAACCAAAGGGGAAGCAUUCCCCUGUUGUCAUUGCAAGAACCCUCUUCAUUGUUUUGGGUUGCUUGAUGCUGGGAACUUUGAUCUACACUCUCUUAACAGAUGGUUCACCUUUCCGCAAAGAGCUCCUAACUCCGUGGAUGACAGCUACACUGAUUGACUUUUAUAUAAAUGUUGUGGCUCUCUCGGUUUGGGUUGCCUACAAAGAAUCAAAUUGGAUUAGUGCAUUCUUUUGGAUAAUCCUACUGAUAUGUUUUGGCAGCAUUACUACAUGUGCCUACAUUGUCAAAGAGCUAUUGCAGCUCACUUCGCAAGAUCCACUCUACCUUGUUUUGGUAACACAUGAUAACAGGGCAGAAAACAGGUAUGAGGAUGCGUCGUGGUAGACAGUGUAACAAAGAGGUUGAUAUGCAGAAGAUUUGUCACUGGUUUAAUAUGAUUUUCUAACAGCAACAUGGCAUGGGGCUUACUUCACUUAGUUGAAUAUGUUGACACCAAUCAACCCAAGAUCUGGUGAAAUGUUCAAUUCAAACAUUUGGCGGCUCAAACAUUGUCUACUAAUGAUCUUAAUGUCAAACUCUUUGACAAUGAUGUUGGGUGGGUGAUUCGUCUUGAUUUUUGUCAUUUUCAAUGUUCAUGCUUGCUAUACAUUUCAGUCAUA